CGCAUUUUUCUGUUGUCUUUUUGUGCGUGGACAUGUCAUCUACAGAUCCAUCCAUAUCCACCUCCUACUCUAAUCAAAAGAACCCUUUCUCAGACCUUCAGCCGUGCACAUCCCCCGUCUUCAUCAUCCCCUCCAACCUCUCCAGUUUCUCCCCAAUAUGCCUAAUCGGAUUCCCCAUCUCCCAUUCUUCCUUACUCCUCAACAUAUCCCUGCCCUUCGCACCUAAGAACGUAAAACACCGCCCGAUCCCUACAGCCUCCAACGCAUCCAGGCGAUCCGCAUCUUGCACAAUCACAAGCUCAACAUACCCCUCCUCGCCAAUUAACUCCCGUACAGCGGGACAGAUCCUUACACUCCAUCGUAUACGAGACAUGCGAGACGAUCAUCUGGACCCGGUUUCCAAGCACCGAAUCCGUCCCGUUGCAAAAGGAGAAUAUGCUCGACUAACUUGUGCGGUGGAAUUGCGUUUGCUUCUUGCGAUUUGAGAAGAUACUUUCAGUCGCUGAUUCCGUGGAGCAGGGCCGCGAGGUGCACGGUGAGUUUGUCGGGUUUGCUGGAGCUGCUGGCAUUGUCGUCGUUGUUGGAGUCUGUACCAUCGUUGUUGUUGACGAAGUCAUCCGAGUUGGAGUUGUCGGUGUCCUCCCCAUCGUCGCCCAAGCUGUCAAGCGUUCAGA